UUGUGUGCCGCAACCCAACGGUCAACAAAGAUGGGAUCUAUUUCUGGUUGCCUACACCUUCUACAGCUCUGGAGCUGGGAUUAUCUCCCGGUGUGUCGACCGUGGGUGAGCAAGACCUACUAUCCAGUUCCCAUCUCUGACGGCGUCGCCGACGACAUGAGGCCAACGAUGGGUUAUAGGUGGCUUCAUGCCAGGCUGCGAUGGAGUCACCACCAAGACCAUGGAAACUACUCCCGGGUGAUCAGUGACCUUGAUGUCCUCAGUGCUGAUCUUGUGGAGUGGGAUCCAUGGCGUAGUGAACGAGUGGCCGAAAUUGCGACUAGCGGCCUCAUCGCACCAUCUUGUUUCCGUGACUCCGACCUAUGGAUGACUAGAUGUUUUCUGCUUUAUAUGAACAAUGUAGAAGUGUAUUCUCCUGACCGUGUGCAGAGGCAGUUUGGUCAUCGUCAGUUGGUGCCAGUACCUCCCCCACGAGACGCUGGUCAGGCGCACGAGAGGAGUGCCCAAGGAAACGCAAGCACCCACGACUGGGCGGAGAUUAAUGCAGAACACAUAACCCGGUGGAUGGAGUCUGGUGCAGUGGAUGUCGUUGUUCCUGCGGGACAGUACGACGAUAGCUCGUACUGGGAGUACCUUGCGUGGUAUCAAUCACGAACGCGUCCCACCUUACUUAGCGGCAGCGUACCGCCAGCCCCUAGACCCUUCCCCGAAGAUCGUGCCCGGCUUCUACAUGUGGUGAAGAGGUGCUGGAGCUCGGAUGAAGAGGAGGACAAGGAGGAGGUGGAGGAGGAGGAGGUUGAGGACGACAAAGACGACAACGUUAACACCAAUGACUACUUCUUCGUCAUUGUGGACAAUCCCAACUAG